AUCGCCCUUGUAACGAUUUCUUGGCAUUCGUGGGGAUAUAAGCUUGAAUAAAAAUGAUUGGUCUGUGAUGAAUGCAGAUCCUGUCUGUAUUAGCAGUUAUAAACAGAGCUAAUAUGGCCACGGUGAGAUGCUUGCAGAUGCUACCCUGCCUAAAUGGGCGGUGUGGAUGGAUAGGGCUUGGUAGCUUGAUGAUGGGUAUAAAAGGAGUUCCUGAAUAUGAGUGAUGACAAACCUUUCUUAUGUCCUGCUCCUGGGUGUGGUCAGCGAUUUACAAACGAAGACCACUUGGCUGUCCACAAACAUAAACAUGAGAUGACACUCAAGUUUGGUCCAGCAAGGGACAACAGUGUCAUCGUUGCUGACCAAACACCAACACCUACACGCUUUCUGAAGAAUUGUGAGGAAGUGGGACUCUUCAAUGAGCUUACCAGUCCAUUUGAGCAUGACUUCAAAAAAGCUACUGAGGAUGACCUCAAAAAGAUGCCCUUGGAUCUGUCGCCUCUUGCCACACCAAUGAUCAUACAAAGUAAAAUUGAGGACCACUCGGCUGUGGAGGCACAUCGGGGCAGCCCUCUGCCCCAUCCGGAAUCUACAACAAGUGACGAUAAGGAGGUAUCUUUGCAGCCGACCUCACUGCCAACCUCUACUAUAGUCCAUCCUGCAUCCCUCCAAGUCCCAAAUGUACUCCUAGCAACCUCAGACGCUAGUGUUGUUAUACAGCAAGCUCUCCCAUCGCCAACAUCUAGCUCUGUAAUUACCCAAGUCCCAUCCUCUAAUAGACCAAUAGUUCCAGUCUCUGGAACUUUUCCUGUACUCUUUCAGCUGCCUAAUGGACAAACCAUGCCCGUCGCAAUCCCAGCAACCAUCGCAUCUAGUGUACAUAUCCCAACCGCAAUUCCUCUUGUCAGACCCGUCACCGUAGUGCCUAACGUCCCUGGGAUCCCUGGACCGCCCUCGCCUCAAGCCGUCCAAUCAGAAGCUAAGCUGAAGCUGAAGGCAGUACUAAGCCAGCAACCUCCUCAGGUAACCAAUGGAGAUUCUGGUGAUGUCCAGAGCAGUGCUGUGACCCACAAUGCAGCCCCGGCGCUGGUCCCUUCCCCAUCUCUGUCUCCUGACCCUCCCCUGGCCCCGCCUGAGGAACCCUGCCCCCAGACCCUCCAGCAGCCUGCCACCUCCACCACUGAGACGCCUGCGACUAAGGCGCACCCUGCCCAGCACACAGGGGGCCGGCGGCGCAGAGCCACCAGCGAGGACCCGGACGAGAAGAGGCGUAAGUUCCUGGAACGCAACCGAGCUGCGGCGUCCCGCUGCAGACAGAAGAGGAAGGUCUGGGUGUCUUCGCUGGAGAAGAAGGCUGAGGACCUCAACUCUAUGAACGGACAACUACAGAGUGAAGUCACCCUGCUGAGAAAUGAAGUGGCUCGGCUGAAGCAGCUUCUUCUGGCUCAUAAAGAUUGCCCUGUAACCGCCAUGCAGAAGAAAUCUGCCUAUCACACAUCUGAGAAGGAAGACAGCUGUGAGGAGAUGUCAGUCCCAGGCAGCCCCCAGAACGAGGCUAUCCAGCACAGCUCCGUCAGCACCUCCAACGGAGUCAGCUCCUCCUCCAUGACCCCUGCUGCCUCCGCCCCUGCCACAGCAGACCAGAGCACAGAGGAUGACCAGGCACAGCGUGGCGCUGCCCUGUCCACCAUCCAGACUCAGCCCUCAGGAAGCUGAUCAGCCCCACCGCACCGCAGGCAGUGGCCCAGCCUCGCUGCUGCCUCUGUAGGGGAAAGGAACUCUCACUCAGCUUCGGUUUGGACUAUACUGUCUUUGCUCAUUGUUUGGUUUCUGUUUCUUUCGAUUUUCUUGGAAUGUAAUGGUUUGUUGGAAAUUGGUUAAGAUGCAAAAGAAGGCCCUUUUCCGAAUGGUUCGAAGAUUGAAAUGAUUGUCUUAUUUCCACCUUGUUUUCUAGUCAUUCUGAUUUAUUUAUUUAACUGUACACAUGUCCUUUUUGUUUUGGACCUCUGUGAACUUUGAAGUUGUAAUGAUUUGAAUCAGUGCAUUGUCAAUGAGACCUUACCAAAGUGUGUUGUGGCUCACUUGGAAUGUAUUUGUUUUUAAUGGCCUUUUAUAUCCUUAUUUGAUGGUGAGAAGACGUAAGGAGCAGACACUUUAAUUGUUUUGCCUUUUUCAUUUUGCACAUAACAGAUGAAGGGUUUAACUUUUUAGUGUUUUUGAUUGUUCCAAUAAGAUGUACUGGCAGCUUUUUAAGGUAGAUUUUAAUACCUGUCUCGUUACAAAACUUCAACGGUUGAAUCAGAUUUGAACUGACAACGUUUAUGUGAGUGAUUUAGUUUGGCUACGUCUGCCGGUAGCAUGAUGUGGUUUAAAUGUUCAGAGUUGCCUGCACUUGUAAAAUAGGAGCUUGGGUCAAAUUCUAUGUGCGUUCUUUGACCAACAUUCCAUUUGUAGUUUGAUUGUUUCAUGAACCAGUGAUUGUAGGAUUGCAGUACAUUUUACAUUACAUAAACAUGUUGACUCAACCAUGUGCCAUUAAUUUUAUCACACAGAUUGAUUAUGAGUGUUUCCAUGUACGUAAUUUCUUGGUAUAGGAGAUCUGUUUCUUCUGAAUAAUGUUUCUGCUUACUAAGUGACUUGUCCAUUGCUUUGAUGUUUGACUCUGAACCCUUGAGGAAAUAUUCAUGUUACUUAAGAAUAUGACAUUUUUAGGAAACAUUGUAAAUAACAUCAUUACUGACACAUUGUGGUUUUUCCAGAUGUCAUACUUUUUAAAAACAUGUGUUAGAGUCCUAAUAAGUUUCAUUUGUAUUAAAUAAAUAUCAACUUGAGGAACCUUUACUGGCCUCCAACCUAAAACGAAGGCUCUGUUUGCCUUGCAUAGUAGUACAAUAACUUUGAAAACACUAAUAGUCACACUGCGCCAGAAACUUAAUGAGGAAUCAAUGCUGUAUGUGUAUAUGUUGAUCUUAUACUGCUUUUAAAGCUAGUGACGUUUUAGAAAAUAGUUGUAGUUGGCAAAUCAUACAAUUAUUAUUUUGUAUCAAAUUGCCUUUUCUCUUAAAAUGUAUUGGCUUACUACUGUGUAGUUUAACGAGACACUACUACAUUUUGUUUCAGACCUCAUUUGUUCCUUUUUAAUUUAACUGUUUUUUUUUGUACUGUCACUUAUGUGCUCUCAGCAUGAUUUCAAUAAUUCUCUGAGAGAAUUAAACUGAUAUUUAAUAAUGUCUCAGUCAAAUAAGUUAACAUUGAACAUGUUUCACCUUGAGUUAUAACUAGCUGGUUUUAAGUUUAUGAAAGGUUUUGUCAAUUAUUUUACCCUGGCUUAGCUGCUUAAACGGGUGUGAUAUUGUGUUGACAGUAAACUUGUAACUUGUGAAAGUUAUGUAUAAAGUACAGUAUCCUAAAUGAAUAAGACGUAAUAAAUCUUUUAUCUCUUUAAAUCCA